AAAUUUUGCUCGUACUUCGAACCCUUUAUCCUCAAUCGAGAGAGGAAAGGAGGGCACUAGCCUGUGAGUUGUGUCUCAGUCAUUAUACGGAUAGUGGCAACAGUUUUCUGAAAGCUUUUCGCCAUUGAAAUUCUAUAUAUACUUUGAAGGGUAGUUGUAAGUUUCUGUUGCGAUGGUUUCUCUUCUUUCUUCCUUCCGAUCACAUUCUCUCUGCGGGUCCAACAUUCCUUCUUCAAGGAUCUCCGCGAAGCCUAGAGCUGUUCUUACUAAGUCCAACCACAUGCAGGUCCCUUACGAACUGAAGCAGCUUCCCUCCGGGAGCAUGGAGGUACUUGUUCAGAAAGGUGUUGUAACAGAAGAGGUUACAGAAUACCCAUCAGUUCAUGGAAGUUACCAUGCUGCUUGGUGCUGGGCUGAACACUGGCUGCCUUUCUUCUCUGCUUUUGGGUACGAUUGCUAUGCUAUCAGCCUGAUAGGACAGGGGGAAAGUGAUACGCCUUCAGGUUCGAAUGCUGGCACACUUCAGACACAUGCAAGAGACAUUGCAGAUUUCAUCAAUAAAAAUGUCACAUCCCCACCUGUCUUACUUGGGCAUUCUUUUGGAGGGCUUAUAAUCCAGUAUUAUAUUGCCGCAUCAGGCAGUGACCAACUUAGAGAAAUGAAAAACUUGUACCCAAAGCUUCAGGGAGCUGUCCUCAUUUGUUCUGUGCCUCCUUCUGGUAAUAGUGGGCUAGUUUGGCGCUAUCUCUUUUCCAAGCCAAUUGCUGCCUUUAAGGUCACACGUAGCUUGGCAGCAAAAGCCUUUCAAAACUCUCUCUCUCUUUGUCGAGAGACAUUUUUCUCAGCAACCAUGGAGGACCAUAUUGUUAAAAGAUAUCAAGAGCUAAUGAAAGAAAGUUCAAGGGUGCCAUUGUUUGACUUAAGAAAGCUGAAUGCGUCACUUCCAGUGCCUAAAGUGCCGGAUGGCUUUCUUGACAUUCUUGUUUUGGGUGCAAAUGAUGACUUCAUUGUGGAUGCUGAGGGUCUCAAAGAAACAGCAAGUUUUUAUGGGGUGCCACCUGUAUUUGUUGAAGAUGUUGCCCAUGACAUGAUGUUGGACGUUUCAUGGGACAAGGGUGCAAAAGUCAUCCUUUCAUGGCUGAAUGAUUUAGUGAGGUGCGGGCAGAAUGAUAAAUACGUCUUGGACUAGAAGAUUCAGAUUCAAUCCGUCAAACCUUUUCCUUUUACAGAAGUAUGUGCUUACUUUGUCUCUAGAGAGUUGGUAGGAGGCGUUUCAAGCUGCAAGUUUAUGAGCUGGGUUAUACCAUUCCAAUCUGUGCCAUUUAUUAAUGCAACUCCAUUUUUUUGAGCAUUGAAGUGAAUUUUUUUGGCAUGUCUUUUGCUGUGGUAUUUAAAUAAUGGACGGAUUUGAUGAAUCGAACAUCUGACCAAAAAUAUAUGAAUUAAUAUACUAACCCCGGUCCUUAAUAGGUUC